AUGAGUCAGAAGUCACGAGAAUUCGGAAUUCUAAGAUAAGAAAAUAAAGAGGACUGGAUGAGUGUGCCAGGCAAAAAUAACAUUACUACUCAUUAAAUCUUCAAUGUCUACGAAUGCCUUAAUUAUGAUGAUGUGAUUUUUAAUGGUUAGAUGCCCGAUUUAAUGAUGUAUGGACCCUUUUACUAUCGUGAGCACAUGAACUAUACCCAACCUGAAAAUUGGGAUGUAGAUAUUACAGUACCUGGCCAAUCUAAAUCAUAUAAAGGCAUCUACAUGAAUCAAAACUUUCAUUCUGUUUUUGAUGAAGUGGCAACAGGUGAUAAUACAGAUGACUUUAAUAUUAGAAUUCGAUAACUUAACAAUGCAGCCUAAAUAAUUUGGCACACUAAGGUCAAUCAACUCGAUUGGGAGUUAUCCUUGCAAGUGGUGCUUGAGGGCUUAGGGAAAAAUUUGGUCAAGGAAUUCGCUCAUUAUCACAUUUUGAAGAAAUAUGUUACUACAAUUGACAGUAUCAAUAGAAACUUUAUGCCAAAUAAUCCUGCAUCAUAGAUUUAGUUAGAUAGUUUAUAUUCGGACCAUGAAUGGGGGUUGAGAUAUCUUGCCAGUUAUCAAAGAUGGGAGUCUCUAUCAUAUGAUGCUGAGCCUGUUGAAUAUUAUUCGAUACAGAAUGAACUAAGAGAUCAUUUUGGCCUUUCAAUAGAGUAGAUAUAAGAGACUCAAUAAAAUUGGAACAAGUAUAUGAAUGAAGGAAAACAAUUAAUUUACAGUUAAUAAACAUCGGAUAACAAGGGUGAUUAAGCAGUAGCAUAUUGGCAAUGGGCUGAUUCUCAUACAACUAGAGAUGUCUUUGAUAAAGAUAAUAGAACUAACUCUACUACUGAAAGAACAGAGACUGUGACUGGAUUUCCAGAAUUAGCAUAUUUUAAGAACCAAUAUCUUUUACCGAUUCUCAAGGAACAAAACAAAAAAGUAUAUGAUGAAUUCAAAGACAUAGAGCUAUUUGAAGAUAGAAGUUAAAGUGGGGGUAAAAAUUAUGAAUAUCUCUUGAACUUGACUUCAAGCGGUGAUCCUCCUGAUGAGACCUCACUUUUCAAUAUAGAUACUCUUAAGAAGUUAAAUCAAGCUGGAUCUAAAACAAUGGACUUAUUUGAAAACCCAACAACUGACCUUGAAUACUUAGGCCUCAAUUUUCUAAAUGAUGUAACAAAAACAUUAAAACUCAAUAAUAAUAGACAAACCUACUUGAUCUAUUUAUGGUUAAAGUAUUGCCAAUAACUGACAUACAAUCUUGAUUAAAUUUCUCCGUAAGUACGGACACUAGCUGAGCUUGGAUCGAAAGCUAUAAAGUACUCUAUAAGAAGAAUGGAAUAAGAACUACCAGUGCUCAUUUUCUCUAAGAGGUUUAGACAGGUUUUUGACUAUAGUAUGGGAUGUCCUACUUAUUACGUGAAUAACUUUGGAUUCCCAUCUGAAAUCGCAUUCGAUCUCUGCCAUGGAGGAAAGCUUAAGAUUAUGACAUUCAGUUUCUAAGAUUAACUGACAACUUGCAAAGCUUGGAUUAAUAUUUAUUUCAAUGGGUUCUCUUACGAUCCUGAGUACUAUGCAGAUUUAGUCUUCUUGACCGGCUAUAACGAUGACUAGAUUAAAUAGAUUCUCUAUUCUGAUAAGUUUAGAUUCAAGAGUUAUAUGACAUUUCUCAUUUCAAAUCCUAUUUACCUGCAGUAUAAAAACAAUUGUUCAUUAAAAUAUGCUCCUGAACUAGGUUACUACCUAGACAAAUCAGGCUAGGAAUAGUUUAAUCUGGAUUUUAAGACUGUGAAUUAAUUAAUGAAGAAAGAUGGACUCUUUUGCAAGUAGAUCAUUGCAAAUAUAUUAAUUUCGCAGCAAACGACUACCUAUUCUAACGCUUUUAACACAGAUUAGUUUAGGAAAUUUCUUCGCUACAUAACCUUAGAGGAAGGACUCAAGGGCUUAUAUGUAUUGAGAACUCCAAAUGAAACUAUUGGGGGCUAUAUAGAUCCCUUAUUCUAUUAAUACAAUCAAAUACCAGUUUAUAUGGGAGGAAAUCAGACUCAUUCGACUGAACAGAGCUACAAAUCUCCAAGAUAAGCUCCUUCUCGUGGAAGUGUAGCUUUUUUCACAGGUGCAGACGGAGAUUAUCUCGAGGUUAAGAAGUAUGCGAGAUGGCAAAAUCAUGAUGAUAUAGUUGUUAUAAGAAAAAGCUAUGACACCAUUUGGGAUCUUGACGAGAAUAAUGCAAUAAGACCUUGGAGUCAAAUAGUUUAUCUUGAUGGGACAGAUUCCUACCAAUUUCAUCCAGAUGUCUCUGAGGAUGAGACCUUAUCUGCAUUCUCUCCUUUGCUAUGUAGAGUUAUUCAAUUUCAAUAUUUGGGAAGAGAUAAACAAAAUUACGGGAGAAUUUAGGCAAUGAAAUUCAAAGUAGCUGAUUACUUUAUGAUGGCAGGUCGCUUGAUAUAGGAUAAUAUUAAAUUUUGGAUUUAAAUCAACAACACCUAACCUCUGUAAUCCAUUUAUGAUGCUCCAGUGCUUGCCUCAAAAGGAAAUUUUCUAAAUCUAGAUAGUGCUUAAUUAGUAAAUAUACCCUCAAUUAUAACUGUUGAUUAUGAUAAUGUAACUCCUGAUCCAAUAGAAGAUGAUUCUUAUAUUACAGUUGAUAGAUACUCAGGCCUUACAUUGAUUCGCAAAAUCAGAAAUUAGUUUAAUAUGCAAAUAAUGAGAAUCCAGCUAUUGUUUGAUUUCAUUGAUGAUUAAGAUAUGUUUAUAGUGCCAUUUUUCUAUCAUAAGAGAGAAACAGUGUUAAGCAAAUAGUAGGCUUAGGAUCUAUUAGGUGAUUUAUACAGCAAUUUAGAUGGAAGAAUAACUGGUUUAGUCACAUUUAUUAUAAGUGGAUCUGUUUUACUUGUCAUUUCAAUGAUUUUACUUUGCUGCUAUAAGAAAACAAAGAGACUUGAGAUUCUAGGCAUUGAUGAUAAAUACGAAAAUUUAGAAGAGGCACAGAUAGGUGAUUUGAAUGUAGUAAACACAAUAAUUACUACAAACAGCUCAAGACACAACUCCAAGUAUGGAAAUUGA